UCAUAAUAACGACAUAUUUUCUCAAAAUAACGAAAUAUUGUGUCAUUAAAACGACAUCUUUUUCUCGUUAAAAUUACACUGUAAUAAGGUCAUUUUGCAGCAGCUCAUUGGUGAACCACGCGGUCCUGCUGUACGGUAGUCUACAUCAGCCACAGUCAUCAGAUCGAAUGCAUGUUAAAGUGUGUUUAAAGAAAUACAAAAUAAGGUCAACAUGGAUUUCUGGACUUUUCUUCAGAAUCGCGGGGUUUCAGGGGAACAUAUUCAAAAAAUGAAACUGGACAAGAUAGAUGAUAGCACUAUAGAGGAGCUUGAUGAUGACAGCUUGUCAAGUUACAUUCCCAUCUAUGGUGACAGGAUUGCUGCAAGACGCUUCUGCAAGGAAAAUGGGGGAAAAAGUGAUUCAAAUCGUACAAGACAGACUCUACUUGAAAAGUUAAAACAGAAGAUGGGAAUAAAUAACAGAACAGAGGCUGGUUCAUCUGAGGAAUUUGAACCUAAACGUAGACAACACUUGAGGAACAACAAGAUGGCUGAAAAAACAACAAGAAAAAUUGAGAUAGGAUGGUUUCAUGAAGGUAAACAAGUAAGAAAGCGUUCAGGUGGAGGAACUAGAACCGUCAAUAUUUCUAAACAAGCAAAGAAAUCUGACAUUUUAAGUCAAGCUAAGGAACUGUUCUUUCCAAGAGGUGUGUCCAAAAAGGGACCAUGGGAGAACUUUAGUCAUGACGUUUAUGAUUUUCAAGAAUCAGUGCUUGAAGAUGAUGUCACUGUUGGAGAACUCUACACAGUACUUAAAAUGGGAGUGCUAAGAUUUUACCUGAAUACAACGUGUAUCCCAAAUGAUGAUGAACUUCCUGCAAGUGAUACUGAGGGUCAAGCAGAAAUACAUAAACCACAAGAACAAUGUGCCACUUCUGUCAUUUCUGUUGAUUCAAUCAACUCUUUAUCUCAGUCAUCAUCAGAAGUUAUAAUAGGCACAUAUUCAGGUGAACCUAUGGCAUGCAGUUUGGAAGACACUUUGGUGUAUGAACCCAUGCACUUGCCUGUCACACAUGACUCUGACUUGAUAAUAACUAAUGUCAUUUAUCCCUCAACAAAUGAUGCUAUCAGUAUGAUUGAUUUGAGUUUUCCAGAGGAUUCUUUCAGUACUAACGUACAUCAAGUAGAUGUUACAGCUAAUGAGGCCAUGUCUUCAACUUCAUAUGAACUCCUACAUGUAACACUAAAGCUGCAUAGGAUCACUCUUUUGGAUGAUAUGAUUCGCCAGUUUAAAGAUUCAAGGCUCAUGACAUACAAAUUGAAGUACAGCAUCAUAGAUGAGAAAGGAUCAGAUGAAGAUGGUGUGUCCAGAGAUGUGUACGCAGGCUUCUGGUCUGAAUUUUUGGAUCGUGCAGCAGAAGGUGAGGACAUGAGAGUGCCAUCACUCUCUCCAAAAUGGCAAGAGGAGGACUGGAAGUCAAUUGGAAGGAUCUUGGCCAAAGGAUUUAAAGACCAAGGAUAUUUUCCAACUCGUCUGGCUGCAGCUUUCACAGUGGCACUCAUUUUUGGAGAGCAUUCAGUCACAGAUGAAAUUAUGAUUGAUUCAUUUCUUUUAUAUCUGAGUCAAUCGGAGAGGGAUCUGGUCUCCCUUGCUUUCAAAGAAAAUCUCCUUGGUGAUGACAAAGAUGAACUGCUGGAUCUUCUGGAUCGUUUGGGUGUGACCACCAUUCCAACACAACAAAACAUUAAAGAACUGAUGCUUAAAGCUGCCCACAAACAGAUCAUUCAACUGCCAAAAUAUGCCUUAGACAACAUGUCUGGAGAAGCAAAAUUGAUUUUCACAGAAACCUUCAACAAUCCAGUGGAUGUGCUAGAGAUGUAUGAAGACAAAACACCCACAACAAGAAGGUUUUUGAGGUUACUGGAUGUCUCACCUCAAAAUCAAGCAGAGAGCAAGUGUUUGCGUUUUUUACAGCAGAACAUCAGGGGAUUGGAUGGAGUGGGAUUGCGGAAGAUGCUUAGAUUUGUUACAGGCUCUGAUGUUGUCUGCGUCAACAAAAUUCAAGUGAUUUUUACAUCUUUGGAAGGUCUGGCAAGACGGCCAGUCGCUCACACCUGUGGCCCAGUUCUAGAGCUUCCUUCCACCUACAGCUCUUACCCAGAGCUGCGCUCUGAAUUGGAAAGUAUAUUGUCCAAUGCACAUGCACUUGUCAUGGACAUUGUUUAAAUCAUAAUAAAUACUAUAUGGUGUUUUAUUAUUGAAUUUGCCAAAAAGAGAGUUACGAUUUGUUAUUGAUUUCACAAAAAAACGCAGUAUGAGAGUUAAGAUGUGUUAUUGAUUUCACCAAAAAGAAAUAUGAGAAUUAAGAUUUAUUUUUGAUUUCACCAAAACAAAAAUGCAUUUUGAGAGUUAAGAUGUGUUAUUGAUUUCACCAAAAAGAAAUAUGAGAAUUAAGAUUUAUUUUUGAUUUCACCAAAACAAAAAUGCAUUUUGAGAGUUAAGAUGUGUUAUUGAUUUCACCAAAAAGAAAUAUGAGAAUUAAUAUUUAUUUUUGAUUUCACCAAAACAAAAAUGCAUUUUGAGAGUUAAGAUGUGUUAUUGAUUUCACCAAAAAGAAAUAUGAGAAUUAAUAUUUAUUUUUGAUUUCACCAAAACAAAAAUGCAUUUUGAGAGUUAAGAUGUGUUAUUGAUUUCACCAAAAAGAAAUAUGAGAAUUAAGAUUUAUUUUUGAUUUACCCAAAACAAAAACGCAUUUUGAGAGUUAAGAUGUGUUAUUGAUUUCACCAAAAAGAAAUAUUUGAGUUAAUUGUUUUAAGAAUUGUUUAAAGCUCUUGUGUUCACUUACGUCCAUGGUUAGAGGCAAUUGAAAAAUGGCUACAAAAUUACAUUAGUUUGUAAGUAAUUGCUUAUUUUAUUUUUCAUGGCAUUUACAUUUACUUUUUUUAUACCUUCAAAUGUAAUAUAACUAUGUAAUUUGGCUAAAUCUGCAAACUAGUGUGCUUAUACAUUCAAAUGUCUUUUAACAGUUCAUAUUUCUUUAAAAUAUGCUGA